GCAACCGCGUCGCUAUGUAACUCUAUCAGUGAAAGGUGUUGAAAUGUGGGGGUAAUUUUGAGUAAUCAGGCGGAAGUCUAUCAAAACAAUGGUUCCUGCGCCGAGCAGCCCGCUUACGUGGGAUUACUGGACGGCCUCGCCGGUCGACUUCGUGGAGCUGACAUGUCUGAUGCCAAACUCCGUGUUUAUAUCCCUAAGGGCGAGCUGGGACAGCACCCUGCAGGAUGUCAAGGAGGAACUAUGGGACAAAGCAGCAAAAUAUCCCCUCUUUGGGAUGCUGCACGAGAUGUCCGGAUAUGUGUUCCGGUUUGUUAACUCGCUGGCAGCCCCAGAGGAGGUGGAUGAUGAGAGCAAGAGACUCCGAGAUAUUAGACCUGUGUGUGGAGUGUUGAUGAUCCAUGAGCGGUCUAUUGAGAGACCAGGAGAACAGUUGUUGAAUACACAGAUUAGUCAUUUGAUUGGGAGAGGUUUAAAUGAAUUCGACAAUCUUCGAAGUUCAGAGGUCAAUGAUUUUCGAACAAGGAUGCGUAAUUUAGCAGAAGACUGCCUUAUGAAAAGAGCUCAAAGCACUUUGAUGGAAAGACUUCGGUACCAAUUCCCGCCACGAUUGGCAGACUAUCCAGCUGUACCUAAGACCUUACUCAGCCAUCUGAACAACCAUCGCUUUAUACUUGUCACUAAAAUUGCCAAUACAGAGUUCUCGUUCUCCUCGAACGUGCCAGUCUCGGUCACGCCGCAACAGCACAUCGAGAAUAUCCUACGCAAGAAAGCCAACUCGCUCAACAUUCGCGUCGAACGUCCACUUAACUACGUGCUUAAGGUGCGUAAACAUUCUAAUCUAGAAAAAAACGACGAGAAUUUUCGACGACGUUCUGCAGUCCAUCAAUUAGUACGAGAAGCCAAAAAAAAUUGUCAGAGCAAGAGUGUUCUGUUGGGCAGGGAAUACUUCCGCGUAGAAGCACCCGAGCUGCUACCGAAGCUGCUGUCGUGCGUGGAGUGGGGCGACCGCGCCGAGGCGGCCAGCGUGGCGCGCAUGCUCACCAGCUGGCCCAUGCUACGUGUAGAGUCGGCACUGGAGUUGCUGGACUACGCCUAUGCCGACAGCGCCGUACGCAGUUUCGCCGUUAAAUGCCUUGCGCAGAUCAGCGACGAGGAUCUACUUCUGUAUCUGCUGCAACUCGUGCAGGCGUUGAAACACGAGUCGUAUCUUAUGUGUGACCUUUCAAUGUUCCUGCUGCAGCGCGCUUUCAAAAACAUGACUAUUGGACACUAUCUCUUCUGGCACCUCAGGUCGGAGAUGCAUGUACCGUCGGUACCCUCUGUGUCGGUACGGUUUGGGCUGAUGCUGGAGGCAUACUGCCGCGGCUGCCAGGACCACAUCAGCAGUCUAAUGCGACAGAUCGCCUGCCUCGAUAAACUCAAGUGGGUGAGCCAAUGUGUAAGUAAGAAGAAGGAGAUCUCAAAAGCUCGCGGUGCACUGCACCAACACCUACAAGAACAACAUUGCAUAGAAACGCUGAGCGAUUUCGUCUCGCCCCUCACGCCCAGUUUCAUCUGCAAACGAAUCAAGGCGGAGAAAUGCCGCGUAAUGGACAGCAAGAAGCGCCCUCUAAUGUUGGAUUUCGAAAACGCGGAUCCGACGGGCACGGACAUCCGGAUCAUCCUAAAAAUUGGCGACGACCUUCGACAGGAUAUGUUCACGCUGCAGAUGCUCAGGAUCAUGGAUCGGCUGUGGAAGAAUGCUGGAUAUGACUUUCGAUUGAACCCGUACAACUGCAUAUCAAUGGAGUAUUGCGUGGGCAUGAUCGAGGUGGUGGACGACGCGGAGACUGUCGCCAACAUUCAGAAGCAGAGCGCGCUUUUCAACGCUGCGUCGCCUAUGUCAAAGAACAACUUAUUCCAAUGGUUAAAGAAACAUAAUGUUAGCGAGGCGGCCCUAAACAAAUCCAUACAAGAGUUCACAAUGAGUUGUGCAGGUUACUGCGUGGCGACUUAUGUACUCGGUAUUGCCGACAGACAUCCGGAUAACAUUAUGGUGAAGAAAAGCGGACAGCUAUUCCAUAUAGACUUUGGUCACUUCCUGGGCAAGUUCAAGCACAAGUUCGGGUUCAAGCGCGAGCGCGUUCCGUUCGUGUUAACUCACGACUUCAUCCGCGUCAUCAACAAAGGACAGCGCGGCACCGGCACCAAUGAACCACUCGACUUCAAAGUUUUCAGGGAACAUUGCGAGACGGCGUUUCGAAUCCUGCGUAAGCACGGGCACCUGAUCCUGUCGCUAUUCUCAAUGAUGAUCUCGACAGGCCUACAGGAGUUACGUUCUGAGGAGGACCUGCAAUACCUCAGGGAAACUCUCGUGCUAGACUUAUCAGAAGACAGAGCAAUGGAACAUUUUCGUUUGAAAUUCGAAGAGGCUGUUAAAAACUCAUGGACAACUACUGUAAACUGGACGAUCCACAACAUCGAUAAGAACAACUGACAGUGACCUGUGGCACGGCGGCUGAGGAAGCCGUCCAAGUACACACCGCAGACGCUCUAACGUCCACGAUAGAGGCAUGAUUGGAUACGACACCUUUUCGUUUAAUUUGCUAAUUAUAGAAGUACCUAAUAAUGUCCCUUACAACGGAUGUAAUUUAUAAUUUUGACGAAAGCAAAAUUUAGUCAAAAUUGUAAGUAACAUGGAUUGUAAAGGGAACGAUAUAACCAAUUAGUUGGCCAACAUUUAAGUAGCUUCAUAAAACAGAUCUUUAUAACGUUACGCGUACAUUAGAUAUGAAAUCGGAACUACAAUACCCUCUAUUUUUAAUUUUAUCUUUGAUACAUAAAUAUUAAAUUAGACAUCAAUACAUACGUUGUUCCGAUCCCAAAGUAAGUAACUAAAGCAAUUGUGUUAUAGUAAUCGGAAACAACGAUGGUACCACAAACCCAUGGUACCCUGACCCGACACAAUAUAUAAAAGUUAGUUUUCUACAUUGACACGGCCGAGGAUCGAACCCGGGACCCCAGACGUAGCGACACCAUGAAAACCAUUGAUGCAAGCCAGUCGACCACCGAGGUCGUCUAAAUACUACAUAGAUUAAAUAGAUGCACAUGUGUCUAGUAAUAUAUAGUUACUGUCAAAUAGCAAAUAAAAGUGAAACCGAUGUAAAUAAGCAAAAUACCAUCAUUAACUUUGAGAGUGAAAAAGGGGUCCUAGGGUUCAUUCAUUCGCAAUUAGAACGUGUAAAUAUUUUUCGGUCAGAAUCUAAACGGCUUGCAUACACUAACUAAUUUCGGUGGUAAAAUUUGUUAUUUAAGUAUUCAAGUAUAUUAUCGUGAAACAUUAAAUAACAUUUCAG